AUGUCGCAGCCGUUCCAGAAUUCCGCCGCGCAGGGUUACGGCGCUGCGUAUGGGCAAGCCUAUUAUCCGCCGCAGUCGCCGUAUGGCCAAAGACCUACCUAUCCUCCGUCUCCGUACUCACAGCAUAAUGCGCAUGCCUCUGCACCUUUUCAGCCUGCACCUAACCCUAGUAUGAACCUAGGGCGGUAUGAUGCCAACAGCCAGGCAGCUCCUCCUGCACAACCAUUCCCAUUUCCUGCUGCUUCUUUCCCUCCAGAGAUGCUCAAGCAGUUUGCCAAUGCUGGCGUUCCUCCGCCACCUCCGCCUGGCUUUCCGAUACAGCUUCCCAACGUAGGCUUCCCACAUUUUCAACAGCAGCAGUCGACAAGCCCCUCGUCGCAAUUUUAUCAUCCUCAGACUCAGAUCUCCGAUGACGGUGCCGAUGCGUACGAUCCUCGCUUUCCGCAGAAUAUUCUCCAGAGUUUCCGAACGGGCGUCUCAGCGGCCACUCCAGCGUCACAUGCGACCCCUGAGGUGGCGCGUAAAGAGAAUCAAGAAGUUGGCAGCGCAUCCUCUCAUACUGUGUCGCAAGGCGAGCCUCAUCCUGAGCAGCAACAAGCAUACGAUCGGGCAUACUUUCCCCCCAAUCUUGAUGGUGCCCAACACUCAACUCAAGUGCCACCAUCGCUGCGUUCCAUUGGUGUGCCAAAGCCUUCAGGCUACAGUUCCGAACAAGUCGGUACGAGCAAUGCGUUGCUGGGACAAGAUCUUACCUCCACAGAGCCUGCGCCGCCACAGGCCACAUUGUCCCACGCCAAUGACCCGACCAAAUUGCCCUCAAAUAGAACAGCGACUGCCACGGCUGCUACUGCGCCAACCUCUCAGGCCGAAUAUAAGACAAAAUCUAUUCCUGAAUUGCGGAAUUUGGCGAAAGGCGCACUUCUAUCACUUGCACCUCACGGCAUUCAGUACGAACAACUUACCAAGGAAGGCGUGCACCCUGAAUUACUGAAGCAGUUAUACGCCGAGUUGGGUAUGAAAGUCGGCCCUUCGCCAUCGCCUGUAGCUAUGGCUAUAGAGUCCGUAAGUAAUACUAGAACUGUGUCCGGCGAUGAGGUCAAGGCAGGGCUUCAGCCGCUCGACACAAGAUCACCUCCUGUUCCGAAUCCGAGUCUCGAGCGCAAGGACCGCAUUGCGCAGCUACUUGCAGCCAAGAAUAAGCAGCCAGCACCCGGACGAAGCACCUCUGAAUCAAAUCUGUCGCAAACCACACCAGAUCCAUCAAAAGCAGACACUCGAAAAGACACCCCACCUGUCCAAGUUGCCGCUGGGCCUGGCUCGGACGGUGACAGCCAGUCAGAAAACAAGGCGAAAGGUUUCGCUCAAGCAGAGGUUGUUCGGCAGAGAAUGGAGCAGAUGCGCAAGACAGCCUCAGAGCAACAAAACACCGGGAACGCUGUACCCAUACAGGUACCACUGCCUUCAAUUGGCGGUUCCAUUGGCUCUCUUGCUAGCCCAUUCACUUCUGGAAUACCUGGUCUCACAAUGAUGUCUGCAGAUGAUGAGGGUGAAGCAACACGUCGGUCCGCAAAACGCCCUCUCGAGGAUGCGCCGGAUCAGGCGGAGCCUGGGUCUGCCCACAAACGCCAGAACACUGGAGUUUCUUCGAAGACUGACGGCGAAGACAUGGAAAUUGAUGACGCAUCCUCCUCGGAGGCGUCUGAAGGUGAAGUCGUCGAAUCUCCGAAACGCAGCACAGACCAACGGCAACAAAACUUGCCAUUGGCGACAGUCGCUGCAGCACACACAACCACACUCCCUCCAGCGAGGCCUUUUGCUUCCAGUCCCAUCGCCAGGCUGACGCCGGCGGAAAUGGCGGAGAAGGCAGAGAUGCUUAAAGCAAAGUUCUUGAAGCAACGUGCUCGACAAAAGGCUCUACAGGACGGCUUACCAGACCUCGACGCUGAAGUGUCGAGGACUGAAACGGCCUUGAAGAAUCAGCGGUUGCAACUAGAGAAGACGCAGAAAUACAUUCUUGCUCUAGAGGCUGAUUUGGCGAGGGCGCGCCAGGAGGAGCAGGACCAGCUUGAUAAAAUCCGUCGCUCAGAAGAGCAGCUGCAGGAAGGUCUGACUGGACGUAAGCGAUACGCGGAAGAGCUACAGACCUUGUCCGUCGAGCAAACUUCUACAGAUCGACGCAUGGCCGAUGUCCAGCAGCAGCCCUCGCCACCAUUGGGAGUAGAUGCUAUAGCGACGAACGAUGGCACUUGGACGUCUGCGCCCUCAGAAGAGGUUGAGAUCUCGGCAGCUCGAGAGCCCGACAUGGCGCACAUGACUGCGAAUGAUGGCCAAGCUCCAGAAAGACAGAUCGAUGCGCUCCCGUCGUACACAGGCGAUAUUGUCAGUGGCACCUCCGGCGAAGACAGCGAGAGCAGCGAAGAUGUCGGCGACAUCACGACCCACACAGGCCACCAUGAACAAGAGUCUGCCGACACCACAGCCCAGCCACAUGCUGAAUUUGGCGAUCAAAGCUUGGUCAAUGAGACGCCCGAAGAUGAGGCUUACGAAAGUGAUAGCAGUGACGGCAGCGCGAGCAUGUCGGAUAGUGCUUCCGAAGGGAAGAAUGGUGAUCAAGAGGAUGAUCAGGAGGACGAUCAGGAGGACGAUCAGGAGGAAGGCGAAUACGAGCCACCGGAGGAUGACCCUACUCAGCCUAUGGACAUAGAUGAUGGAUCCUCCGACUACGAACCAACAGACUCGCCCAUCGAUGUCCCAUCGGCGACCGCCGAAUAUGCCGCAGAAGAGGCCACCAGUCCCGAUAGCGACAUGAGGGACGCCGCACCUGUGGACGACAAAAUGACUACGGCUGAGAUCCUUGUUGAGAAGGAACUCAAUUUCAUGGAACAGCAAGGUGUGCUUGCCGACUCUGAAUCCACCCGCGUCCAUGACACUGAUGGGGGCCAUCAGCGCAAUCGGAGUAGUGCACCGACAACUCCUAGUGCCCGAUGGCAUCGUGCAAGACCCGCGGUUCGGCCGUUGUCCAACGCUGGCGAGAGCAAAUCCACCAGCUUCUCUGCUUAUCGAUCUCCCCUGACGUCCUUUCCAUCGUACCGGUACAACGAGCAAUUCGAUGGCGAGGCCAAGGCUGGCUAUCGGUCGCUAACGUACAGUAAUAGUAUCGAUCCUAAAGUGCCUCUGUGCCCUACGGAGCUUUCAGGAGAGAUAUGUCAAGACCCAAACUGUGAGGAGCAACAUUUUCGACACCUUGGGCUAAGCGACGACAAGAUUUUGGCACAAAUGUCAUCAGCAAGCGAAUUUUCUGAUAAAGCAGUCCGAGAGUCUUACCUCCAUGGACUCAAAGCUACUAUUUCUGAGCUGCGCGCCAAAGGUACCAGAGACUUCGAAGACGUGGCGCGAGCACUGUCAAAGUAUCGCCGCGACUUCCUCGCCACGCAAUGA